GGGGUGCCGAAACUGAAGAUGCGGGAGAUGCUCUUGAGAAAGGAGGGGGCCGAGUGAGUGAUAUUUAAACCCCAGAGGUUCUCUCUCUCCUCAUCUGUUCCUCAGCUCUCCGGCUGUCUAUCACUAUCUCCUUCACUUCAUUACAGACAAAGGAAGCUCUCCAAAGGCAUUCAGCAUGUCCAAAGAGCCAAGCUCCAACUUGGAAAGCGCCAUGCAGAUGCUCAUCAAGACCUUUCAUAAGUAUUCCGGGAAGGAAGGAGAUAAAUACACGCUCAGCCGAGGAGAACUAAGGGAACUUCUGACGGAGGAGCUGGGAAAUUAUCUUGGGAACGCUCAAGAUAAAGAUGCGGUGGAGCGAGUGAUGAACGACCUGGAUUCCAAUAAUGACGGCGAGGUGGACUUCACCGAGUUCAUCAUCCUCAUGGGUGCGCUGACUGUGGCCUGCAACGACUUCUUCCUGGACAGCCCGGCGCCCAAAAAUAAGCCCGAGAGCAAGGGUGAUGCAGCCACAACAGAGGAAAAGAAAGAGUAAUGAGCGAAUGCUACCAGAACAGAGAGAAAAAAUGGAGCAAAGUAUUAGUAGGUUGCAUGGUUGAGAACAAGAGAGUGUGUUUCAUCCAUUUCUUUUAUCAGGACCGACAAACCUAGUUCCUGGAGGAGUUUUCUCUGCUUUUAUAAUUCAACCGAAGCUGUUAAUAUACU